AUGCCGGAACAAAGUGACGAAGCAGCCUGGUGGUUUCAGGCAGUAUACUCAGCCAUCCAGCAAGUACCUCACGGAAAGGUCACCUCGUAUGGACACAUUGCAAAGCUUCUAGGCUAUCCAAAGAGAGCACGACAAGUGGGUGUGUGUUUGAAGCAUUUACCUUCAUACGAUGCUUCCCAGCCAGAUCAGUAUUCUUUUCACGAUCAGAACGUUCCUUGGCAGCGAAUCAUCAAUUCCAAGGGCGGCAUCUCUGCGAGGGGCGACAAUGGCCUGGCCGCUAGCCGGCAGGUUCAAAGACUACGAGAUGAAGGCGUACAGGUGACGGAUGCUCGUGGGAUCGAAGAAGCUCACGUUGAUUUGGGUAGUUAUGGAUGGUUCCCAUCUAGGCUGCCCAACGAUAGUGAUGAUGAGCUCUCUGAUGCAGAGAUCAAAAGCGAGGAGAGUGCAUAA